AUGGAUGUCUCGGUCGAUCACCCAGAGGAGUUUGACAGGGAUAUGUUUGAUGACCGAAAUCCAGUCCAAGCCAGUAUACCAUCUGUUGCCACAUACCUUGGAGCCGAUGCAUCACAAACGGAAUACAUCAACCCAGUCAAAACCAUAGGGGAUUUAUCGACUCUCAUGGCCAAUGAGGGUGGCAAGUCUAGCCAAAACAGCGCAAGCCAGCAAAGAGAUAGGGGACGAGACGUCAAACGGAGUGCCCGCGAACUACCCAGCCGGAAGAAAAGCCCAGAGCAACCGUACAGACACGUCAGGCAAUCGGCGAAAGUAGAGAAGAAGAAGUCCAAAAAGUGGAAAAGCAAGACCGCGGAUUCUUCAAAGCUUUCCUCCGAGUUGAAUCGCCUCCUCGUCGGCGACGACACCACCGCCGGCACCUCGCUCGGAGAAUCGCCUACAGCGUAUAAAGUUCAACACCCUUUACGAGCUGCCCUACACAAUCUUCCAGGCUUUGCAUUCGACGAUGAGCUCGACAGCAUCAUAUUUGGGAAGCAUCGACGCGUCUCGUUCGGCCUUGCAGAACUCAUGGAAGAAGGUGGGCGUGACGCAAUCAAAGUCUGGCUCGAAGAGUUCCUCUUGCUCGCUUUUCAGACGAUGGAAACCAUAGUCGCACGCUAUCCUCGGUACAAUGAUUUGGAUGAGGUUCCGAUGGGAUUCGUCUUCCUGGUCAGAGAGAUGGAGUCGGCCACCGAGAAGUCGCCAGCGUAUCCGACUUUUUCACGGGCCCGGAGAGUCAUGGAGAGACGGAUUCGUCAAAGCUACGACUUGCGAAGGCUAAUUGAUUGGGUCCUUGAUGCUCGUCGACGAUUUCUUGAAUCCAAACCAAAGCCUAUGCCUGGCUUUGGGGUCUUUGGACAGAUGGUAUUGGAGGAGGGAACGGAGCUCGAGAAGCAGUUAUGGGCAGUCGUCGAUGCGAAGACAAGCGGUACAGCAAGAUAUACAUUAUUUUGA